AUGGCCGACGCCGCGGCAUCCGAGUCCUCCGUUCCUUCGACGAAUGCCGGUAAUCGCAAGCGGCGAAACCCAUAUACCCCGAUUGCAUGUGAUGAAUGCAAGAGACGCAAGAUCAAAUGCACAGGCGAGCGGCCAUGCAAGGGCUGCCGCACCAGCGAUACACCAUGUAUCUUUGAAAGGACUACGCGGUAUCGAGCCAAUACUCGCCCAGCGGGUUUAAAUAAUGAGGAGUUCGACAUUGCGUCGAUACCUGAGCCAGCUGCUUCAGCAGCUGUUGCGGGAGAGGCAUUACCGCAGCCUCAAGUUGCCUAUGACUCGACUUGGCCUCUCCCAGGGGAUGGUUGGGGAGGGCCAGGUAACACUUCGACGUACACUUCAGGGAUGGGAUAUGUUGUCCCUACAGAAGGAGCGAUAAAUGGUGACAUGGGACCCAAUUUAUCAUGUGAUAAUUCUUUGGCGGCCGCAGAUUUGACGAGGCAACUUGUUCCGUUGUAUCAUCACGACAGCAUGGGCAGCAUUCUCACUCACGUUCCUUCCGACAGAUGGACCCGAAUCCUGUCAGCGUAUGAAGAGGAAAUAGGCAUGCUGUAUCCGUAUCUCGAUUUGGAUGCAGUAAGAAGGGAAAUUACGGAAUCGGAACGAGCUUUUAGUGCUGGUGCUUCAGACGACGUUGCUGGCCAGCGCCUUGAACACCUCCUAAUUUUAAUCCUGGCUGUUGUGUCUAGUCUUGAGGACCAAGACAUUAUCAAGGUCGUCAAACCGUGGGUGGAGGAACUCUAUGAGAAGUACUUCAUAAAUGCCCAGCUGAAUCUCGCCGCCAGCGAUGAUGUGGCCUACUUGCUACUCUGUUGCUCCUUCUUUUUCUUAAGCGACCGAGAUCUGAUGGCGUGGCGCGCCAUCGGAGCCGUAAUGCGUCUUUUGCUGGAGAUGGGAUAUCACAAAGGAGAAGCGACUCCUAUGCUGAAUCGCCCCGGCGGCAGCAAUGGGUAUGUAAUAGAAGAGAGAUUGUUUUGGUGUGUGUAUGCGUUUGAUCGCCGCCUGAGUUUUGAGACUCGGAUGCCGUUUGUCAUUCAGGAUCGUGACAUAACUCGAGACUUGAAGUUCCCGGAUAAGUCCAUUGAAGUGCAAUUUCUGAAACACAUCGUAGUGCUUGGUCGAAUCGCUGGCGAUGUUCGAGAUUUCUUUGCCUCCAAAGCAAACCACCACACGGGCAGUGCAGAGUCGGAACGCGACUUUCUAGAUUACAGGACUGUUCAAUGGCGAGAAAAUGUUUCCAAGUCUCUUCGUUUUGGCGGGAUACAGGAUAAAUUUGAUCCAAGCAAGGAGAAGCGUUCCAGGUAUCGUCUACGCGCUGUGCUGUACCUGAAGUCAAACCAGCUUCGAAUGUUUCUCUUUCGGCGGUGGGCAGCGAAACCUGGCGGCGGCACAUUCGAUGAUGCCAGUGCAAACAAGGUGGCAGUAAUUGCGCGAGAAAGCAUUCGGAUCAUUUUAAACUUGGCGCGGUCAAGUGAUAUCCAUCGCCAUCAUCAUCGCAUGUUCAACCACUUCAUCCAGGUGGCACUAUCAUCACUCCUCCUCACGCUUAACACCAACAACCAGAUUGAUGCUGUGGAGUUUAUCGAAGAUAUCCAUGACGCUAUUGAAUUGCUGAGGCGCUUGUCAUUCCAUUCGCCCGUUACACUGAAGUUGGUUGACAAAUUAGGAUGGGUACGGGAAGCUGUGAGGAAGCUUGGCAGGACGAGAACAGAGAGAGCAUUUGGAAACGACGGGCAACCACCCGAAACAUCUGCUGUAUCUAGCCCGGGAAGGCAUGCAGGGGGGAAGAAUGAUCUCAUGGCUGGUGUAAGCUCGAUUCAACACGAGAGCAACGGGACAGGUGAUACGUUUCGUCAUGCAACCGACCGGAGCACGAAUGCAUGGGCAACAUCGACAGCAUCAGACUUCAACCAGUCGGACCAUGAGGACCUGCGAGGUGCGAAUCUUCAGCAGUUCCGACAUGUGCCACAGCACAUGGAAAACCCUCUGCCACAUCUGGAUGGCACGAUGCAAAACAUGAACUUGAUGGGGCCGGGUUCUUUGGUCGGAAACAUGUCUUCGAAUGAGAUGCUGUACGGGCAGCAGGCCUCUCCGAUGACAACCUUAUCAUCGCAAUCGGCUCAUUACACGAAUGCGCAGGAUACUAUCGACCUUCAGGCAUAUCUGUCCGUUUUGAGAUACCCCGAGCUGGGCGAACUGCUCCAUGAGUAUGCCUUUCAAGAUAACUUUAGCUUCUGA